GAUUGUUGUUUACCUUACUCUGGACGCACGUGCACGGGCUGUGCCGAAUAACUUUUCAAUAAAUUGUAUUAAAUAUAAGUUAAACCAUGCCCCCAGUGGCGCAGGAAGGCAAUUGCCUCAUUUACCGUGGCAGCAACUUCCUUAAGCAGCGCCUUAUCCUCGCUUGCCUCUCCGGCAAGGCCCUGAAGAUCACACAAAUUCGAUCCGAAGACGAGUCUGCUCCCGGUCUAAGGGAAUACGAGAUCAGUUUGAUACGUUUACUGGACAAAAUUACGAAUGGCACACGAAUCGAACUUAAUCCGGCCGGCACCAGUGUCAUGUUCACGCCCGGCCUGCUCCAUGGCGGCCAAAUUCAUCACGAUUGCUGUGUCCAGCGUGGCAUUGGCUACUAUUUGGAUGCUUUGAUCGCCCUGGGACCAUUUUGCAAGAAUUCCCUGCACUGCACUCUGCGCGGCGUAACCAACAGCAAGGACUCGCCCUCGGUGGAUCACAUCAAGGGGGCCGCUUUGUCCCUGCUGAAACGUUUCCUCUUGGUGGACGAUGGCCUCGAUCUGCGUGUGGUGAAGCGCGGUGUGGCACCAUUGGGUGGCGGGGAGAUUGAGUUCCGUUGCCCCGUGCGCAAGAGUCUGCGUGCCAUCCAGUGCCAGGCGCAGGGCAUGAUCAAGCGCAUACGCGGCACGGUAUAUGCCUGCAAAGUGUCGCCCGCGAUGGCCAAUCGCACUGUAGAGGCCGCCAAGGGAUGUAUGCUGAAAUUCCUGCCCGAUGUGUACAUUUAUACCGACCAGAAUCGUGGCAAAAUGUCGGGCAAUUCUCCGGGAUUUGGCAUUUGUCUGCUAGCCGAGACCACCGACGGCGUGUGCUUUGCCGCCGAUUGCAGUUCCAACGCCCCCGACGAGUCUGACACCCCUGCUGUACCUGAGGAUCUGGGCCAGGAGGUGGCCAUGCGCCUGCUGGAUGAGAUCUAUCGUGGCGGCUGCUGUGACUCUGCCUACCAAUGGUUGGCGGCUCUCUACAUGGCCCUCGGACAGAAACACGUCUCCAAAUUCCUGACAGGUGCUCUAUCCACAUAUACGGUUCACUUCCUACAACAUCUGCGCGACUUCUUUUCGAUUACGUUCAAGCUGGAGAACCCGCACGCCGAAGAUGAGGAUGAGGCCGAUGAUGAGCGUGGUGCCCAAAAGGUGCUCAUGGCUUGUGUGGGCAUUGGCUAUACCAAUAUCAAUAAACGUGUUAACUAAACGAUUUUGCAUGCUAACGAUUUCUUAGAAUAAACUCUUUUUUUGUGUUGU